GACGGUGAUUGGCCGGCGGCAGGGCCCGCAGCGCAGGGUGCGCUCGGAGGCCGCAGGUCUUCUUGAGCUGAAAGGAUGAACAUUGGCAAUUGGAAAAUCACUGUCACUGACCUGAGCUUUAUACUGACUUCUGGAGUCCCAGUUGAUGUUGUUGGGCUUAUGAGUCUGCAGGAGUGUCCCCUGUCCCUGUCCAUGAUUUAGACAGCGGUUGGACAUGCAUCACUAGCGGGAUGGUCGGCCACCAAAGCUGCAAUGUCGUCCCUGACGACCUCCAGUGAGGGAGAGAACUCUGCUCCCAGGUUUGUUGUUGGUUCCAGAGAUGAUGAGACAGAAUUUCUGGGAUCAAACAUGAAGACAGACGAAACUGAUUUCUUUGAAGAUGAUGAAGAGGAGGAGUCGCCUCCAGAACGGCAGAUCGUGGUGGGAAUCUGUGCCAUGACCAAAAAGUCCAAGUCAAAGCCCAUGACACAGAUUCUGGAACGUCUGUGCAAGUUUGAGUACAUCACAGUGGUGAUCAUGGGGGAAGAUGUUAUUCUGAAUGAACCGGUGGAAAACUGGCCCUCUUGUGACUGCCUGAUAUCCUUCCACUCCAAAGGAUUCCCCCUGGAUAAGGCAGUUGCUUAUGCCAAGCUGUGCAAACCAUUUCUGAUCAACGACCUUGAUAUGCAGUAUUACAUCCAGGACAGGCGUGAAGUGUAUCGGAUCCUUCAAGAAGAGGGAAUAGACCUGCCCCGCUAUGCUGUGCUCAAUCGAGAUCCUGACAGACCAGAAGAGUGCAACUUGGUGGAAGGAGAGGACCAUGUGGAGGUAAACGGAGCUGUGUUCCCAAAGCCAUUUGUAGAGAAGCCAGUCAGUGCUGAAGACCACAAUGUGUAUAUUUACUACCCGACAUCAGCAGGCGGGGGCAGCCAGCGGCUCUUCCGUAAGAUUGGCAGCCGCAGCAGCGUGUACUCCCCAGAGAGCAGUGUGAGGAAGACAGGCUCCUACAUUUAUGAGGAGUUCAUGCCUACGGAUGGCACGGAUGUGAAGGUGUACACUGUUGGGCCGGACUAUGCCCAUGCGGAGGCUCGCAAAUCCCCUGCUUUGGAUGGCAAAGUGGAACGGGACAGUGAAGGGAAGGAAAUUCGUUACCCAGUCAUGCUCACUGCCAUGGAGAAACUCGUUGCCCGUAAAGUCUGCGUGGCCUUUAAGCAAACCGUGUGUGGGUUCGACCUCCUGCGGGCCAACGGCCACUCCUUUGUCUGUGAUGUGAACGGCUUCAGCUUUGUGAAGAACUCCAUGAAGUAUUAUGAUGACUGUGCCAAAAUCCUUGGAAAUAUAAUCAUGAGGGAGUUGGCUCCCCAGUUUCAUAUCCCCUGGUCCAUCCCAACAGAGGCAGAAGACAUCCCCAUUGUCCCCACUACUUCAGGCACCAUGAUGGAGCUUCGCUGUGUUAUUGCAGUCAUCCGGCAUGGAGAUCGCACCCCGAAGCAGAAGAUGAAGAUGGAAGUGAAACAUCCCCGGUUCUUUGAAUUAUUUGAGAAAUAUGAUGGUUACAAGACAGGGAAGUUGAAGUUGAAGAAACCAGAGCAGCUACAGGAAGUGCUGGACAUUGCACGGCAGCUUGUGGUGGAGCUGGGAACCCACAGUGAUUGUGAAAUUGAGGAGAGGAAAUCCAAACUGGAACAGCUGAAGAGUGUCUUGGAGAUGUAUGGACAUUUUUCUGGCAUUAACCGUAAGGUUCAGUUGACCUAUCUGCCUCAUGGACAUCCAAAAGCUGCGAGUGAAGAUGAAGAAGCUCGCCGAGAGUGCUCCCCCUCCCUUCUCCUGGUGCUUAAGUGGGGAGGAGAGCUGACCCCGGCAGGAAGAGUCCAGGCUGAGGAGCUGGGGCGAGCCUUUCGCUGCAUGUAUCCCGGAGGCCAAGGUGAUUACGCUGGUUUCCCUGGCUGUGGCUUGCUCAGGCUGCACAGCACUUACCGCCACGAUCUCAAGAUCUACGCCUCGGACGAGGGGAGAGUUCAGAUGACAGCAGCAGCUUUUGCAAAGGGUCUGCUGGCCCUGGAAGGAGAGCUGACCCCAAUCCUGGUGCAGAUGGUGAAAAGUGCCAACAUGAAUGGUCUGCUGGACAGUGACAGUGAUUCCCUUAGCAGCUGUCAGCACAGAGUGAAGGCGCGACUGCAUGAAAUCAUGCAGAAGGAUGCUGAGUUCUGUGAAGAGGAUUAUGAAAAGCUAGCACCUACAGGCAGUGCUUCUCUGCUCAACUCCAUGACCUUUAUCCAGAACCCAGUUGAGGUCUGUAACCAGGUUUUCACCCUGAUUGAGAAUCUCACCUCCCAGAUACGGAAACGUCUGGAAGACCCAAAAUCUGCAGACCUGCAGCUGUACCACAGUGAGACUUUGGAACUGAUGCUGCAGCGCUGGAGUAAGCUGGAGCGAGAUUUCCGCAUGAAGAAUGGGCGCUAUGACAUCAGCAAGAUCCCUGAUAUCUAUGACUGCAUCAAGUAUGAUGUACAGCACAACUGUGCACUGAAACUGGAAGGCACAACGGAACUCUUCAAGCUCUCCAAAGCCCUGGCAGAUGUGAUCAUACCCCAGGAAUAUGGGAUUAAUAAGGAGGAGAAACUGGAGAUUGCUAUUGGCUUUUGUCUUCCUCUCAUUAAAAAGAUCCAGCUGGACCUACAGAGAACUCAUGAAGAUGAGUCUGUCAACAAACUACAUCCAUUGUACUCAAGAGGAGUUCUGUCACCGGGUCGCCACGUUCGGACGCGGCUGUACUUCACCAGUGAGAGCCAUGUGCACUCCCUGCUCAGCAUCUUCCGCUACGGGGGGCUUCUGGAUGAAAACAAAGACCAGCAGUGGAAGAGAGCCAUGGACUAUUUGAGUGCUAUCUCAGAGCUGAACUACAUGACCCAGAUUGUUAUCAUGCUCUACGAGGACAACAACAAGGACCCCUCUUCAGAGGAGCGUUUCCAUGUGGAGCUGCAUUUCAGCCCUGGCGUCAAGGGCUGCGAGGAGGACAGGAACAUCCCCACGGGGUUUGGCUUUCGGCCAGCCUCAGCAGAGAACGAGGACAAGAAAGCAGACCAAGGCAGCCUAGAGGACCUCUCGAGUGCGAAGGGCAGCGAUGAGCCAGACCGUGCUCGGCAGAAGUCCCCGCAGCCCGCGGAGCCCGUCAGCGUCCAGCGAAGGUCACCGCUGGUCAGGAGCCGGAAAACGGGAUCCAUGGAGGUGCUGUCUGAAUCUUCUUCUAAAUCAGGAGGUUAUCGCCUCUUCAGCACUUAUUCCAGGCAGUCUUCUGAGAUGAAGCAAAGUGGAUUAGGGUCACAGUGCACCGGGCUGUUUAGCACCACUGUGCUGGGAGGCUCCUCCAGUGCCCCCAACCUCCAGGACUACGCACGCAGCCAUGGCAAAAAGUUUGCCAGCAGCCUGACAUACAAAGACGAGCUCUUGUCUAUGCCAGCCGUAAAACGAUUUUCUGUGUCGUUUGCAAAGCAUCCGACUAAUGAUGUGUUGGAGCACCAGCACGUUGCCCAGUUGCUACGCCGUUUUUCCUCUGACUGUGCCACGAGCCGGACCAUCUCCUUGGAUGCCACCCUAGCCCAUCACCUGCAGCAGUGCUCCUACCACCUGCGCCUCUUCAGGAGCUGGCUGAUCUCAGGGCAGGAUGACUUGGAGUGUCUUUACGGUUUUGAAGGCUGUUCCAUGGUUCCCACCAUCUAUCCCCUGGAGACCCUGCACAACUCCCUCUCUUUGCGGCAGGUCAACGAGUUCCUGACAGCCGUGUGCAGGAGCUGCAGCGAGUCGCAUGUCCAGUCCACCGCAGCUUUGUUUGAUUCAAUGAUUGGGAGCCAGAUACCAGGAGACCCCUUUAUGUCCCAGCGAAUCCUGUCGUCAUCGUCCCUGCCACUGCGCCAGCGUUCGGAUAAGCCCCCUUGGUACAGCAGCGGCCCCUCCAGUACUGUCUCCAGUGCAGGCCCGUCCUCCCCAACUUCUGUGGACAACUGUGCUCGUUUCAGCUUCACUGAGAAACUUUCCACCAGCCCCCCAAAAAGUGAGGAGCAGCUGACUAGCCAGUCCCCUGAGCAGGAAGAGAGUCAAGCUCCACGCAGAGGGCUUGACGUGCAGGAGAGCAUGUCUGGGCUGUCAGUAGCAGAGCCAAGUGCCCCAGAGACCCUGAUCUGGAAUAAGGGCCCAGAGCCAGGCAGGAUUCUGGAGCUGUGCAAGGAGGAGCUGGCAGGGGAGGAUGCUGACCCAGAAGAGAAGAACAUGGGGGAGCCGAAUGAAAAAAAAUCAUCUGUGGAAAUGUUAGAGCCAAGUAACAUAGGAAACCCAAAGUGUGAAGGGUUUGACCUGGUUGGGGAGACAGUGAAGCCAGGUGAGGGGUCUGUCAGGGGAAUGACUGGCCUGGAUCAGUCGGGGCUGUCCAAGGAGAUCCUGGUGCCCUGUGAAGAGGAGCUGCUGGGAGAGGUGUUGGACCCAGAGCAUACAGGCAAGGAGCUGCCGGGGGACAGCGCUCUGUCAGAGCAGCUUCUCUCUGGUCCCCUGUGCCAGCCACUGUCUCCUGAGAAGAAUGUGGAGGAACUGCAGCUGCUGUGUCAGAAGGAUCAGCAAAUUUAGUGGCUUACUGGACAGCACACUGGAAGCACUUCUAAGCCCAAAAGCAGCCCGGCCUCCUGCAUGGCACCUCACGCAGCUGGAGGUCCGUAGCAGAGAAGAAGCCACUUCCCAGGGCCUCAGGACUCUGUGGUGUGGAAGAGAUUGCUUUGCUCCUUCACAAGCCAGCUCUUUGCCAUUCAUCAAGAAUGUUUGCCUCGUUAAAUGAACAACAAUGCAGUCAUGGUACUGGCAUGGCACCUCCAUGGAGCAGGGACAUGGUGCUGCACUGGUGUCCCAAGGGCUUUGUGCUCACUGGGACAGCAGCAUUAGAGGACUGGUACAGCCAAGGCUUUUAGGGUGGUAAGUCCAAAGGGGACAGAUCCUCCCUGGUGACCUUUUGGCCCACAGCCUUCAGAAAAAGGCAUUCUGGGCCCAAAUUAAUCAGAUCCAUCACAACCACCAACCUCCUCUCUGUUUCUUCCUUCUUCCUGUCUCAAUUCCCAUUGUUGGCCACCAAAAUCAGGUCCAGAGAGUCCAUGGUAGGAAAACUAGCGGAAGCAGAAAGCAUUCUGAAUGAGUGUGGAAAAGAAGGGUAGUGAGGGCAUCAGGUUUGACUGCCACUUGCAAGGAAACAUCCCUUUGCCAUGGCCUUGGAUGUUUCCCUGCUGGGCUGGGGCAGGAAGGAGCCUGUGGAUCCAGCCUGAGAAAGGUGUGCAGGGAAGACACAGUUAUUUUUUUUUCUCAUCCCCAAGGAUCAGGCAGGGUACAGCUCUGAGGUCUUGGUGACAGGGAUUAAAAGAAACUGCUAUUUUGAUAAUUCAGGACUAUUAGAAACCAAUAAGGAGAAAUCUUUAUUAUAUAAAAUGAAAAGUAUUUAAUGGAUAUUUAUGUAAAUGCCUUGUGAGCACAAGCCUGAGGGCGAGAUUGAUACGGGUGUCCCUGCCGCAUCCUGAGUGCCGGCCGGGGCUGUGCUUCCCACUCCUCCUGUAUUUAUGGACAAGUCUGCGUGUCUGUCUGUAGCUAGGAUCUGUGUUUUUGUGAAGCUGUGCCCAAAGAUCUCUAUGCUGUGUUGUGACAAUGUGUGUUCACAGUAAAUCUAUGCUGUGGGUC